GCAUACUAAAACUGCAAUUUUUUCUCUCGGAAUGUCUUAUUUGCACAGUAACUGGAGGGAUCUUGACGCUUGGAGAAGUGAAGGAUUACCACUGACAACAAGUAGCAAUGAUGCAGCAAAAAUGUUUGAUGCUACCCUAACACAGUACACAGGAUGGUAUGAUGACAGCAGUGUCAAUGGAAUUAAGGGCUCUGUCUCAAAGAUGUUAGCAGCAGAUCCCAACUUUGUAAUGGGUCAUGUGAUCUCGUGUGGCUUAGACCUGAUCUCAUCUGGAAAAGGAAUCCACACAGAUCAAGAGUUGAAGGGCAGCAUGCUGUCCCUUGAAGGGUUAGGUGCCAGGAGUAACAUCACAAAAAGAGAGAGACUGCAUGUCGAGGCAGUCAAAGAAUGGGCAGUAGGGUGAGUGUUACCAAGAUGUCAUGUUAAUCACUGAGACAAAAUUUUGACUUUUAUCAAGUAUUUGUCUGUUCCUUUAAGACGUGUCAAUCAAAAUGGGUGCAGACUAAUCAUAUUUUUAAUGACUGUAAAAUGAAAUCAUAUACGUGAACUGCGGGUGAAGAACGGAGCACUAAUUAAGCAGUCAUAAUAAAUAAAGCCUUAGAAACAUU